AGCAAAACAUCAACACCAGCCAUAGCUUUGAUUCGCCCCCGCCUUCACGAUCGCUCCAUCUUGAUUGUCAGCUGCGGCUUCAUUUCUUAUUUCUCCUCGCAGACCAGACUGCGGCCGCCAGCGCAACCACAAAAAAGCAGUCAACUCCCAGCUCUGCCAUAUCCAAAGGCAAGACGGGCAUCCACCCUGGACACAAAAGAGAUUGAUCCCCGAGAACCCCCCCAAGUGGUACGAACACCCCACUUAGCUGGUGGCACGUUCCUUGAUUAGCUUUUCUCUAUCUCCCCAACUGGGGCAUCAUCUCCUGUCUUGCGUACUUGAGUAGGUUGACUACCGCGGGCUAUCAAUUUUUUUAUUGACUUCACUUGUUGUUGUUUACCAUCAACAACUCCCUCUCUGAUCCAUCCUUUCGUACGUCUCUGCGCUUUGCUUCUUUUGAUAGCUACUAGCUACUACGUACAAGCAUUCUCUGAAGUAUUUUCGAGCACUAAUCAAUCUGUACAAUUCCCAUCAAUAUGACUGACGUCAUUGCGAAGCCUGUUGAGGCCGUCGACUCACCAAAGGACUUGAAGGUGGAAGCAGAAACUCCGGAAGUAAAGGCAGCUGAGGUGAAGGAGGUUCCCAAAGAGGAUAUCACCGAAUCCAAAGCCGUUGAGGAACAGAAGCCUACCCCAGAAUCACCCAAGGAGUCUCCCUCAAAGAAGAACAAGAAGAAGAAGGCAGCCAAGGCCCCUGAACCUGAAGUUUCCCUAGCAGUUGAAACUCCAAAGGAGGAAGCACCAAAAGCUUCACCAGUAAGACUUUCUUAAUGACCCCACAUGAAAUCAAGAAUGGUGAAAUUUUUCAUAAGAAAAAAUGUGACUGAUUUUUAAUAGGCUGAGGUUGAGAAGAAGGAGGCAGCACCAAACACCGAAGAACCAGCUGUUGCAGCACCUGAGCCAGUAUCAAAGGAUUCGCCAAAGGUCGAGGAGCUAGUAGUCGAGUCUAGCGAUCCUGUCAAGAAAGAGGACGAGCCCGUUCCUGCGAGUAGUCCAACAAAACCCUCGCCUGUAAAGAUCGAUGAGGAUGGGACUAUCACAAUUGGCAGCACAGAAAAGGCUACGACACAAGAGGAAAAGGUCCCAGGAUCCAAAGAGGAAGCUACCAAGGAGGAGACUGCUCCCGAGCCUGAAGUCAAAUCUGGUGUUGAAGUAGCUGAGAAAUUGGAGAAGGAAAUCGAGAAGGUAAUUGAGCAGGUUUCAGUGCCUGAUGAGCCUGUUCAAAAGCCGGAUGCCCUUUCCGUUGCUCAUCAGGAGAGUUUGACACAAAUCCACCAAAGUAAGUCUCCGUCGUUCUUGUUAAAAUCCCAAUAUGUUUGGGCAAUUGCACCCGAGCAUUCCAAAAUCAUCUGAAGAGGGGGUUUUACAUUUUCAUUAUUCCCUCAAUCAUACCCCCUCGAGGAAACAAUUGUACUUUCAUAAACAUGAAAGCUAAUUAGCUAACCUUCAAUUCUUGCAGAACUCGAUAGCUUGAUUGCUUCAGAUGCUACCGCCAAGGCCGCCGUCGUCGAACCAACCCCGGAUGUAGUGACUCCAGAUUUAGUAGAAAAGAUCCACCUUAGUGAGUGCAAUACGUCCCAAUAAAUGGCCAAUACUUACAUUGAACAGAAAUUGAUGCCCUUGUCCUUUCACACUCCGAGUCCGCGAAGUUAGCUGCUCUGCAAGCCGAGAAGGCCAUUGAGAAGAUCACACAAAUUAAUCUUGCGGAUCUCCAUGCCAGUAUGUAUUCUACUCCAACAAAUUAUCAUAGAACUAUUACUUACUCUAUGGAUAAUAGAACUCGAUAAGAUGCAGGAGACUCUCGCAAUCAAGCCAAAGUCCGAUGAGGGAUUUGUCCAUGUUCACCAGAGUAUGUACACCCACAAUCAUGAAAACGGGAUUUGACUAAUACCACUUGCAGAGAUAGAUACAAUUCACGAAGCUAUCCUCGCCAGCGCCAAACCUGCUCCAGUGAAGGUGGCACCUGAGCCAGUUGCUGAGAAGGUUGACGUUGCCAGCGCAGCAAAGCUCGAGGAGCUCCACCAAAGUAUGCCCCCCUCGAAUCUAUCUCCAAAAGAUGCCCCGUUAACAAGCUACAGAAUUCGAGACAAUGCAAGCAGCAAUCGACAAGCUCACCGAGGCUCUCGCUCAAAAACUCGCGGCUGAAAGCACACCUGCACCUUCGGUCGCACCAGUUGUUGAGGCAAAGGAGCCAGUCGUUCCCGCAAUCACUGAGCCCGUUGCAAAGGACACCCCCGCGGUCGAGACAGCCAAAGCUGACGAUGCCAUCACCCCUCAAUCCAGCAAGGUCUCCGAAGACUCAAAGCUCGUAAAGGAGGCCUCAGCCGAUAGCAAGAAGACAUCAUCAUCCGAUGGAUCAACAUCCAAGAAACAUGCCAAGCGAAGUAGCUUCUUUGGUGGAUUCUUUGGCUCCUCUUAAGCGAAGGUGUUAGUGCCAGGAUAAGUAUGUGGAGAUGCGAAGUAGAUAGAUGAAUGGCCUGUGGAUGAUGGUUCGUUGGCUAGGUUUGUUAUUUUUUUUAAGCAGUAUACCCAUGAUUGCUAGGUAGUGUGAAGAGUGGUGGUUGGAUGGUGGUUG